UCUGUUGCCUCCUCGUAACAACCUAUAUACUGGACAUAGUCAUAACCACUCAUCUCACCUCGAUCAACCUCCUAUCAACCGGAACUCUCACUCGAUUAUGUAUCAGCCGAAUCGUUCUCACCCCUCUAGCUUUCUUAUCGGCGUAUGUAGUGUGGAAGAGACGAAUUGGAAAUAUACAAAAUGUUGACGAUGAGCAGCUACUGUUACCACUCACUGGUGGUGAAGACUUGUCGAUUGAACGUGAGAGGUUGAGGACUAUUGCAUGGCAGAAAAAAAAGAGUGGCAAAAUUAUGAAUACCAUAUUAUCGGGAGCAUUCAUGGUGCAAACGGUCUCAGCAGUGAUGACAGGUGUUGAAGCUGUCCAGUUGGAUCAGCACUUCAAAUCAGCUGUUGAUGUAGUCAUGCUAUGUUCUAUAAUUUUAUGGGCUAAUUUGGAGUAUUUCCUCAGCAAAGAUAUCUUUGAUGCCUCGUGCGCGGAUUCAGGUGAGGUCCUAGUUGGUGUUCAUCUCCAUCCAGUGUUCUUCAUGCCGGAGAUGAAGUGCCAUUCGUGUGAUGUAUGUAUGGAACGUAUCGAGGACGAUGGCUACCGCUGUAAGACCUGUGACUUUGAUGUUUGCCUUCGAUGCCACGCCCGUCACCGUCGUGAGAGCCCACCUCUUGGUGCUGCUGUUGGUCCGAGUGGUGGUGGUGGCCUUAGUCUUGGUCAGUUCUUCUGUCGAUCGAUUCAACUGGCUUUGGAGUUUUGGCCGACUCUAGUGGCUGCUAUGGUAUGCAUGUUGGCUUGUCAAGCGACAUUAUUGGCAGCUCCCAAUCUGCAAGGUAAAAUAUUCGAUUCUAUUAUAAAGUGGGACCAACAGCUGUUCACUCACACUGUGUACGUAUAUCUAUGCGUUAACCUACUCCAAGGCUUCCUCGCAGCAGUACAGAGCCUCACACUCAACUUGGUGGCUCGUCGAAUCAGGGCUACUGUGUGCCGAAAACUUUACGUGUCUAUCAUUGGUCAGGACGUGUCGUUCUUUGAUGCUACGCAUACUGGUAACCUCACAUCGAGGUUGUCGAACGAUGCUGCGGCAAUGACCAACCCCUGUCGAACGAUCCUUAAUAAUCUGCUGGCUAAUGCUGUCCUCCUCUUGGGUGGUGCUAUUAUGUGUUUUAUCACCAAUUGGCGUCUGGGAGUGUUAGCGGCCACAUCAAUGGUGCCGAUCUCCUACGCGUAUCGUCUGUAUGCUCAAUGGUCAAGGCAAGUCUACUCGACUAUCUAUCAGGCCUUAGGGGAUGCUAACUCAGUCGCUACGGAGAGUUUCAGCAACAUUCGAACGGUGAGAGCUUUUGGAGCUGAGGACACUGAAAUCGGCAACUACAAUGAGGCAGUUGAAGUAGGACUAAAAGCAGGAGUGAGAAGUGCUGUUGUUGGUGCUGGUGUUUAUGGUUAUGCGAAGUACAUAGAUUUGGGCACGACAGUGUUGAUACUGUGGUAUGGGGGAAGCGCUAUAUUCAGCGGGAAAGGGGCCACCUUGGGAACGCUGGUGGCAUUCCAGUUGUACUGGAACAUGAUGAACGGUGCAUUCAAUGCACUCAGUGAUGUUGUUAACGAUCUAAUAAGGGCAGCCAGCGCAGCUGAGCGGGUCUUCAAUUUGAUGGACAAACGACCCGGGAUCGAUCCCCACGAGGGUCGUGAAGUUGACGAUAUUGUGGGGGAAAUUAAAAUCGAAAAUCUGAGUUUUUGUUAUUCUUGCCGGCCAGAAAAGAUGGUAUUGAAAUCAAUCGAUCUCGAGAUGCAUCCCCGCACUGUGACGGCACUAGUCGGCCGAUCUGGUGGGGGUAAGAGUACGUUGGUCCAUCUACUACUACGAUUCUACGACCCUAUUGAGGGAAGGGUACUCAUGGAUGGUAUCGACUAUAGGCAAUAUAGGCCCUCUAGCUUGAGGUCGAGGAUUGGACUGGUCGCUCAGGACACGCAGUUGUUCUCUACGUCCGUGUAUAAGAAUUUGGUAUAUGGUCUCGACAGAGAAUGUAGUAUGGAGGAAGUGGUAUCAGCAGCUCGUAUGGCCAACGCUCAUGAGUUUAUUGAGGAGAUGGAUGAGGGGUAUGAAACUCGAGUGGGGGAAAGAGGCAUUCGACUCUCGGGUGGCCAGAAGCAACGAAUCGCUAUUGCAAGGUGUUUCCUCCGACGACCUCGUGUGCUACUCCUAGAUGAAGCCACUAGUGCUUUGGACACCGAGAAUGAGGCGUUAGUCCAGGCAGCCCUCGAUGGAUUGAUAGCAACGGGAGGGUGUACAGUCAUCCUGGUAGCUCAUCGGUUGAGUACUGUUAAAAACGCUGAUAUGAUCGCUGUUAUCAGUGAGGGAAGAGUAGUUGAAAAAGGAAGGCAUGAUGAACUUGUUGGAGAAAACGGUGUGUAUGCUAAGCUGGUGGCACGACAAUUGAGUCACGAUGGUAACAGGCUUACAGUAGAUGAAGUGUAUGAUAAUGAGGUGAAAGCGGCAUGA